GUAAAAUUGUUGUCAGAAAGCGCGCCAAAGGGAUUCUCUUGCGUUAUAGCGUGGUUAUUGUGAUUAAGACAGAUAAUAAAUGGCAUCAACAAGCAAGCCACCUCUUCAGACAAGGAAUUUACCAUGGGUUGAAAAGUACAGACCACAGAAGCUGGACGAUUUGAUCUCGCAUCAGGACAUUCUGAGUACGAUUCAGAAGUUCAUCAAAGAAGACCGACUGCCACACCUGCUGUUUUACGGACCUCCGGGAACAGGAAAGACCUCCACCAUUUUAGCCUGUGCUAAACAGCUCUACAAGGACAAAGAGUUCAACUCCAUGGUUCUGGAGCUCAAUGCGUCAGACGACCGGGGUAUAGAUGUGGUCCGAGGCCCGAUCCUCAGCUUUGCCAGCACCAGGACCAUUUUCAAGAAGGGUUUCAAGUUGGUGAUUCUGGAUGAGGCGGAUGCCAUGACCCAGGACGCUCAGAACGCUUUAAGGAGAGUGAUUGAGAAGUUCACGGAGAACACUCGGUUCUGUCUGAUCUGUAACUACCUGUCUAAAAUCAUCCCCGCGCUGCAGUCUCGAUGCACACGCUUCCGCUUCGGCCCCCUGUCCCAGACCCAGAUGAUCCCCCGACUCGAGCACGUCAUCCAGCAGGAGAGCAUCAACAUCACUCCAGACGGCAUGAAGGCUAUCGUGACGCUGUCUACAGGAGACAUGAGGCGAUCGUUGAACAUUCUACAGAGCACCCACAUGGCCUAUGGGAAGGUGACGGAGGAGACGGUGUACACAUGCACGGGUCAUCCUCUUCGCUCAGACAUCGCCAACAUCCUGGACUGGGCCUUGAACAAAGACUUCACCACGGCGUAUAACCAAAUCCUCCAGCUGAAAACGCUAAAAGGUUUAGCGCUGCAUGAUAUCCUGACCGAGCUACAUCUUCUCAUACACAGAGUGGAUUUCCCUCCGGCGAUCCGGAUGGGUUUGCUGAUCAAGCUUGCCGACAUUGAGUAUCGCCUGGCCUCUGGAACCAGUGAGAAGAUUCAGCUGAGCUCUAUGGUGGCUGCUUUCCAGGCGGUUAGAGAUAUGGUGGUCAAUGACGGCUAGUCCCGUUAAAUCUUUGUCUGUCUCUUUCUCUCUUACACGCCACCAAAACAGUUUUCAGUCAAAGACUCAAAAAUCCCACACAACGAAGGUGUACAGAACAAAAUCAAGUUCAUUACAUCUAUUCAAAUGUACCAGUGUUACAGCAGCAGUUAUAUAUAAUGUAAAAUUGUUUAAAUAAAUAUGUCUU